AUGGGUGAGACUCUAUAUAACUCCCCUAAACUGGCUCGGAGCGCUCUGCAUCCUCAUGAUUUCCCCGUCACUACGGCUCCCUCUGCCCCUUUAUCGCCUCCGUCCGAAGACAGCUCCCCCGACCUCUUCUCUACAUGGACCAAGCUAGGCGCACGCGACUACCUGAAUAUGUCGACACCGUCUAGCAAAUCGCCCCCGCUGCAAGAGCUAAACACCGACCCGUACCUCUCUGCGCCGUCUGAUCCCGAGGAGAGCGAUUUUGUUGCUAGCGCCAUUCGCUUAACUCCUCUCGGUGAAAGUCCAAAUCACAGUUCGCCGAAUGAAAGUCGGCGCCCCUCUAUUCAGGCCCAAACUUACUUAGGCCUGAGGGAAAAUGGUUACACACCGUCAAGGCCGAGUUCAUAUCUUGCGCCGUCGGACAUUGAUCUCGUGAGUGGCUCUGGUGCCUGGCCGAAUGGAGUCACUUCAUCCUUCAGCGGCGGGGUAACGGCUCCGUCCACCAAUUCGGAAUGGCCGUCGUCCGUGGGCGUGAAUGCCUCGCGGUGGCUUAGUGCAGAAAAUACUAUGCCGAGUCCGAUAUCUGCAUCAGGGAGCUUGACUGUCCCAGGCAGUGUAACCACCGCGCAGGGCUCCUUUGCGGCUCCUCGGCAAUCGGGCCUCGGCAUCUCCAGUACAGAAUACGACCCUUCUGGGCUCUCAAUUUCCACGAAUCACCCGCCAGGAGAUGAUUUAACCUCGCCUUCAACAAGAGGCAGAAGCCCUAUCGUCACCGUAAGUAGGGUGUCGCGUGGUGAUUCUCCUGUUGUCUACCAAAGACGUCCGAGUCGGUCAACCGCGCAUCUUUCCCCCGGGGAUAUGUCCAGUGAAUCCGGUGACGAAGAUGACGCUAGCGAUCUCCGAUCGGUUGACUCACUUUCUGUGGCACGAACACAUAACGGGAACUGGAUUCCUAACUCCACCACUGGGCACGGUGGUCUCGACCCUAGAUCUCGGGGGAAUGAAUUUGUGCCAAGCCCGAAUGACCUCAAGGGACAACGAGAACGCGAACAGAAGAAUGAAGCCAUUAGCAUGUGGACAGAAUCUGUGAAUGUGGCCAACAGUGAAGCGGGGGACGAGUCUCCUUCUCUGCCACGCCAAAAGCCUCCGACGACCAGGAAACGCCGAGCACGGAGUACUGGAGAUCGUCCCCUUCAGCAAGAGGACUAUUUCAACCUGCAAUUUACCUCUGCCGGUCGACCGGUCCCGGGUCCCGGUGUCAUAGUGCAUGAGAGCAGUGAGGAUGAAGCCAGUGAAGAAAGUGAUGAGGCCGAAAGGACUUAUGCUGAGUCUCCUGUCGUUGAUGCCACUGAGCUUGCCUGGAAUGACCAUUCGACGCCUGAUAUAUAUUCCUCGCUUGAACAGAUCGACUCCAGUGGAAACUUCCGCCUUUAUCCUUGGCAGGAUCCUCCUAACGACUUUACGCCAAGAACAGAUGUUAUGCAACCGGGAAGCUCUAGCGCGGCUAUGGUGGCAUUUGAGAAACGUGCACGGGACCUGGAGACGGCGUCACUUACGGCGACGAUUGACAAUAACAGUAUUAUUAACUUCGGCGCGACGUUCGAUAGAUUGUCGAUUAGUGAGCAGCCCAAGACCAAGGGGAAGCGGAGUAAUAGUAUCCUGAAACGCCCUUUCUUCCAACAGGCGUCUUCGAGGUUGAAGCGUCAAGCGUCCGACCAUUCUAUCUCUACCGUCAACACUGCUACCCAGCAGGCCCCUCAAGAGCCUCAGCACAGAGACAGCGGCUCACAUCGCCAUAGACUGAGCUUGUCGUCUAUAUCGAAUAAGCACGGACGUUCUCCGAGCCUGACAAAUGCCCUUAUCAAUAUAUCUGGACAAAUGGCGGCUAUUGGAGGGAGUCAUUCAGUUCGGGCCGUAUCACCCAAUCCAGAAGCAACCCCCAUGAGCCUCGGGGCGAAGAAUCGUGGCCGAAGUCGAAGCGAGGUCCCGCGGCCUGUCACGCCCGGGUUGAUAGAUCUUAUGACCAGCCACGGUGGUCCUCCAGUCGCUGGUCUAUAUCGUUCGCCAAUGCCGGGAAUGGCAGCCGAGCAGACGCCAAUAAGUGCAGCUCCCAGGCCCGACACAGCGGGCGCGGAAGACGAUGAUGUCGACAUGGUCGAUGAGAAAGGGCAUGUCAUGGAAUUCCCGCCUGUAUCAAGCUUGCCAGUGCCUACAUUCGAAGGAUUUAGGGCGCAGAUCAUGCAACUAAAUCCACUGCUCGAGCCUGCUCUCAUUCAUCGUUUUGCGCAAGCGCAAGCGCGUCGAUACAGGCAUCUGGUGGAAUUGCAACAGAAGCACUCGGUUGCGGUCGCCAAUCGCUCGUGCGAGGCUGGCAAGUUUUGUUUCGCUCUGGGGGGCGAGGAGUCUUUGCUGCAUCAGGGCAAGGGUCCCGCUGACACCGAGACCGGUCAGACCCAGUUCUGUGUUGCCGAUUUCAGUAUCGGUCGUGACCAAUCUUACGCUCUAGGCGAGGGAGCCAUUGCCGCCGCUCACUUCCCUCCUGGUGUGCCUCUUCCGCCGGUCAGCCACCUGCCCGCCGAAUUCGAAUGCCCGAUUUGCUUCGAGGUGAAGAAAUUCCACAAGCCAUCCGACUGGUCCAAACAUGUUCAUGAGGACGUGCAGCCGUUCACAUGCAGCUUUCCUCAGUGUACCGAACCCAAGUCAUUCAAGCGGAAGGCAGAUUGGGUUCGACAUGAAAACGAGCGACAUCGACAACUCGAAUGGUGGACUUGCUCCUAUGCCGAUUGCAAUCAUACCUGUUUCCGCAAGAACAACUUUGUCCAGCAUCUAGUGCGGGAGCAUAAGAUGCCCGAACCCAAGCCCAAGAAGACGAAAGGAUCGGCAGGCGACGGUUCAUCUGACAGCACGCGUGAGCGUGAACUCAGCCGGCUCUGGAAGAUGGUUGACGACUCCCGCCAUGAAACAGAGCAAACCCUGCGUCAGGAACCCUGUCGUUUCUGCGGAAACAUCUGUGGAUCCUGGACGAAGCUAACCGCUCACCUGGGGAAACACAUGGAGCAGUUAGCCAUGCCUGUGCUGGAACUCGCCAAACAAAGUUGUGCCUCGCCGCACCAAGUCCACCAGGUGGGGGUCACUGGCAGGUCUACCGAAACACAUGCCCCCCUCGCAGCACGGUUCCACGCGCAACAUGAUCCCUCCGGAACGUCAGCACAUCUCGCACGGCCGCAGUAUCCAACCAGCAACGCUAGCACCUACGAGGUUCCACUGCUCAAUUACCCGACUAUUUCAGAUAGCGAUUUGUCCAUGGAGCCGGAGUCGAUCACCGAUCCUCUUCAGCCUGGUGAUCCCCAGAUUGCAGGAUACAUGGGCCAGUUCGACCAAUGCACGCUCCACUCGCAAGCCCAGACCCACCCCCUGCAUCAGAGCCCAGUGACGUACCCACCACCAUACAACGCAGUCCCGCGCUCGAGGACUCCUGAAACGAACCCUGCCAUGCUGCAGCACUCGUAUUCUCUCGGUUCCCAGCUUCAGGGCUCGCUCUACCCCGCUCAGACGGGCUAUCCGGCAUACCAGCCCGUGGCUCCCAAUUCCCCCUACACUACCGAGCCCUAUACCUCCAGCUAUUCUUCUCGGAUGUGA